CAAUCAUCAUUGACUUCUCGUUUCAUGCCCAUCCCUUUUUUUUUUUCUUUUCCCUAAAAACCAAUAUUACUCCAUAUAGGAUAUUGGUUUGCAUUUAAACCAAAAAACAAAAACAAAAACAAAAAAGAGUCAAAUUCCUAAUUUAGAUAUUUCACCGUCCUCUUUAUUUUUUUCCCUUUCAACUCAGUUCAAAUUUCAGCUACCAACAGUCUCUUUUGCUGCUCAUUUUGAUUUAUUUUUUAAUUUAUAUUCCAAUAGAGAAAUUGGGUGUCCAAUUUGAUUUCAAUCUUUAAUUUUUCUUUAUUUUUGGUGGAUCUUUGGGGUUUCAGUAAUUCUGAUCUUAUAUUCAAAAAACAAAACAAAAAAACUUGUUGAUCAUUUGAUUACAAAUCUCAAAAUUUUCUGUAUUUUUUGGGAUACCCUUUGUGGGAUUUGAUUGAUUUUGAUUUAUAUUCCCCCCCAAAAAAACUAAUUUAUAAAUCAAUUUGAAUUUUCUGAAUCUUGGGGGUACUUUUUUUUGGAUUUUGUUUGUGGGGUUUGUUGAUUCUUGAUUAUUAUUUUUUUUUGGUGGGGUUUGAUUAAAAAUUUGUUUUUUUAAUAAAUUCAAAUGAAUGAAGAAUAGGGUGUCAAGUACAUCAUCAUCACCAACAUCAUUGUUUUUAGCAUUGGUGUGAUUUUCUUGUUUUUGGGAAGAAUAGUUUGUUUCUUGGAUUUUUUUGGUGGGGUUUGAUUAAAAAAAUUGUUUUUUUUAUAAACACAAAUGAAUGAAGAAUAGGGUGUCACGUACAUCAUCAUCACCAGCAUCAUUGUUGUUAUCAAUGGCUGCACCAAGGAGUUUAGUAGUAGAUACUGAGAGGUUGCUUACAAGGGAUGAGGAAAAGAAUUUAGAUACACCAACUGGUAAAAGAUAUAAGGAAGGGAAAUUUCCAUUGUCAAGGUGGGAGUUUGCAGCAGCUUUAGGUGUAUUUGUGGUGUUUUCAAUAGGGUUGUUUUCUAUAUAUUUGACAAUGCCAGCUGCUGAGUAUGGGAAACUUAAGUUGCCUCGUUCGCUUUCUGAUCUUCGGUUGCUCAAGGACAAUAUUGGAACAUAUGCCAAAGUUUACCCUGCUAAAUUCAUUCUGGGUUACUGCUCAACAUACAUAUUCAUGCAGACAUUUAUGAUUCCUGGGACGAUAUUCAUGUCCUUACUUGCUGGAGCACUUUUUGGUGUUUUCAAAGGGCUUUUCUUGGUUGUCUUUAAUGCUACAGCUGGUGCAUCAUCCUGCUUUUUUCUGUCUAAAUUAAUUGGCAGGCCUUUAGUUAACUGGUUGUGGCCUGAAAAAUUGAGAUUCUUCCAGUCAGAGAUAGCCAAGCGUCGGGAUAAGUUGCUCAACUAUAUGCUGUUCUUGAGAAUAACUCCAACAUUGCCAAAUCUUUUCAUCAAUUUGGCAUCUCCAAUCGUGGAUAUACCGUUCCAUAUAUUCUUCUCGGCCACAUUGAUUGGUCUCAUUCCAGCAGCAUAUAUUACAGUCAAGGCUGGCCUAGCCCUUGGUGAGCUGAAGUCAGUCAAAGAUCUAUACGAUUUCAAGACCUUGUCUGUGCUCUUCCUCAUUGGUUUUAUCUCGAUAUUACCUACCAUCCUGAAGAGAAAGAAAAUAUACGAAUAGAGCUCCUCCCAGGAGGCCAAUUGGAUCCUCUUGGAAAGUAACUUAUAGAAAAUAUAGUUUAAUUUUAUUUUUAGAGCAAAUCAGAGAGGCAGAACUUAGUGAUAGGUCUAUAUUUUCUAUAUGGCACCUGAAAUCCACAUUUAACUGCCCAAUGUGUUGGGAGUAUAGUGGAAAAUGUUGUGUUUUUUACCAAUUCCUUAUGAUUUUACCCUGUCAUUCGUUGUCCGACCCAAAAUUACCAGUAGUACUGUUUAAUGUAUUGUCAAAUGUAGCAGAUAGAUAUUUUUAUGGAUUCUGAUUCAAAAAUUCAUCUUAGUCAUCUCAA